AUGGGCCAAUUCGUCGCCGGAAUUAUGUUGACGCUUUUCAUUGUCGGUUGCUUUCUUUCUCUCCUAUACUACGUCUGCAAGAAAUGGGAAGACUAUCACAACGCUCGCCUUGCCAACGAGGCCGACAACUAUGAGAUGGGAAGAUUGGAAAGCGGCGGUGCUAGUUUUGUUAGUGGUGACAGCGACAGGGAAGGAGGAACCGCUGCUGCCAGAGCCAAUGAAAACGCCACUGCUGGCAGAGCUGGUGGAGCUUCAGAGGGAGAAGAUAGUGAGGAUAUUGGUUUGGCUCGCACUCUACCGUUGGAUGGAUGA